UAUUCAUCUAGCUACAAGUCAUCCCACGGUUGGUCGACUUAUGCGCCACCAUCUAGUAGAUCAAAGCUGAAUGCCUUCGAACAACGGUUUAUGAAAGCACGGCCCGUAGAUGACUACCGGAACCGGAAUCUUCCAGUCGUCCAGUAUGGCGAACUACUUCCUGUGCCUUGUCGUCCAGCGGCUUGUUCUGCCGCUCAUCCUGGCAACAUGUGUGAUGAUGAGGCCGGUAGUACUAGCCAUUCCAUAUUUAAUAUGCCUUUUAGCUAUUCCUUAUGUGCCUGUAGCCAACAAAAAAACCAUCCUGGGACCAACCGGGCUUUUUAUGAAGCUUCUGACGCUGUUUGUUGUGCUAGAUCUAAGCAUUGUGAUUGUAUUCCAGCUGAUACAGAUAGGUUUUCAUAGCAGCACGCUCGAAUCCUGUCAAUUGGCUGAAAUAAUUCUUCGCCAUAUCGGCAUCAUAUCCUUCCAUGGGUUAGGCGCCUGGAUGGUGGUGUAUUGGAUGGCUCCGCCAGUGAUCCUUGGCUUCGGAGUAACCAUUGUCCACGUCGUUUUGCGGAAAUUGUCCGGUGUAAUCGCCUCUAGGCGGAAUGGUGCCGAUACAAGCAACGCUCAAGGAGAUACUGAGCAGGGUGCUGGCAGUUCGGUCCAAAAUUCUGCGACUGAGGAUGCCGAACCUCAGGCUAGUUUCAUCAGCCAAGAACGAUUGCCUUUCUUCACGAAGCUGGGCGUGUUCCUGUCGAUGGGCAUGCUGUGUGUGGUGGGCAUCAUACAACCGUCCGCACUGAGUGGAGUAUAUUUUGUCGUUUUCCUUGGCGCUGCCUCGUGGUGGGCUUGUUGUAAGCAGCUCGAUAGGGCGUUUGGAAUAGUUUUAAAGAUCACCCUAGUGUUUCUAGUCAUCCACAUUGUACUAUUACUGGCGUACCAGAACCCCUGGCCUCAGGAGGUGUUAUAUUUCAACGAUACUGCAGCUCGCGUGCUUGCUCUGAAGCCUAUACUUACCUCGAGCUGCGACCUGACGAAUGGAACCGACAUUCGCAACGUGUACUUUAACUCUCAUUUUGACACGGAUGUGUACCUCAAUCCGAUCUUCCUGCUCCUGUGCUACUACUGUCUAACGGUGACCUCUUCGCUACUGCUACGAACAAGAACCGAAAACGAGAAGGAGAAGAAACGUUCGGAUCUAUCGAGUCAGCUCGAAAAUGGCAUUAGGAUGCAAAAUCAAAUCUCCUUCCGCAUGCAACGUCGGAAUAUGCUGCGCAAAACGCUCACCAGCGAUCGGUGGCGUGGUGCGGCUUUGAAGGUGAAACUGAUGCGUCGUGGGACGCAUAGGAUACGAGAUGCGUCAGCGGCCGAUGGCAAAGAUUGUGCUCAAACCGAUCAAAUAGCAUUAGAAACCCUAGCAACAAAUAAAAAUAUUUCAGAGGAAGAAGAACCCUUAAGCUUUUUCGAACAAGCCUUUUUGGCCAUUCGGAAUGUGGCCUCGUACAUUUAUAAGAAUAGUUACAUCUUUACAAAUGUCAUAAUGAUGGUGUGGAGUAUCAUGUACCAUAGCUGGUUGACGUUCGUGUUACUGAUUUGGGCCAACUUGAUUUGGAUUCUACCAAAUCAUCGUAAAAAUAUGCUGAACUCCAGUCCUUUCUUGGUAAUAUACGCCGAGAUGCUACUAUUGGCUCAGUUCCUGUACGGUAUGAACCUUACCGAGGCAGAGUUGCCAACCGUAUUCGAGGGAUCCGGAAUUAAUCUGGAAGAAGUCGGGUUCGUUCGACGACUGGAGUAUCCGUGUGUGCCUCUGCUAGUAAAGUCCUUAUUCACUACGAUGUUCUGGAUUUCGCUACGGCAGAUGAUCCAGGAAAAGCAAACGGAGCGUCGGGAGUCAAUGAUUGCAAAUAUGGCCGCACCGCUGCAAUUGCCGGUAGGAGCAGCAACGACCGCAGCUACGGGUCCUUCGUCCUCUAUGGAGCGACCUCCUGAGAAAAAAUCCUCCGCCAUAGUAGAUCGCAUGGCGAAGUUUUUUAAGUCGUUCAUGAUCAAAUUCUGGAUCUGGGUGGUAGCCCUGACCCUUUUCCUGUCCGCAAUCAUAGGCAACCGGAUGACCGUUUUCCGAAUCGUGUACAUGGUGCUGUUCCUGUGUUUUGUACUUACAUUCCAGUUUUCGUUCCGAGUAUGGAGAAGAGUCAUGUUCACUUUUUGGCUUAUGGUAAUCGUGUAUUCGAUGUCGAUAUUGGUACUAGUCUAUUUGCAUCAGUUCGAACAGUUUCCAAGGUACUGGGCAGCAAUAGGCAUAUCGAAAGAGUUGCAAGAAGAUAUUGGUUUGGAAAUUUUUAAAACUGGUCAACUGUUCCUUCACUUGGUCAAUCCCACACUGGUCGUUAUAAUCACUGUGAUACAGCUCCAUUACUGUCACGAACGGUUUUUGAUCAUAAGCGAAAUUCCAUCCGUCCAAAUAGAUGAUCCGUCGGAUGAUGAAAAUGAAGAUGACGGACGUAGCAAGACAGCUGCUGAAGGUCCUGCAUAUGGCACGUUUACGAAUAGCGAAAACAAAGCCGUCACAGAUUCCGCAAAUUCUGAGCCUCCAAAAUCCACAACGGCGGCCGAAACGUCAGCUCCUGUACCUCCUGCUCCGACGGAUACUCAAUCCGCGAAAGUGAAAGUUGCCGAUGAAGACGAUGAGUACGAAAAGAUGGAAGAUUUUCGCUUUCGUAAGCUCUCGCGGCAAGAAAUUGCUGGUUUCGCUCGGAAAGCAUGGAAGCAAUCGCUCGUGCUGUUGGAGCUCACCUGGGUAUUUUUCGAGAUUCAUAUGCUGAAGAUCGUGCUAAUAGUGGCGUUUUCGUUAAGUGUAAACUCGGUUAAUUUUUUGCAUCUACUUUACGUUGUUCUCUCGGUGGUUACGGUAAAAUCCCAUACGACGGGUAAACAUUCUCUGAUGCACGAUCGGUUAAUCAAAAUAACGCGCAUCAUGUCACUGUUCUCGGCGUUCAUGCUGAUCCUGACCAUGAUCUACCAGGUGAAGUACAUUAAAGAGGAGAACUUCCAAAGCGAGUGCCCUAACAUCGAUGGCAAUACAACGCUGAUGGACAUGAACAAUGCUAAAUGGUUCGGAAUGCGUAAAGCCGGCUCGGGCGAAACUUUAGCGGAUUUGUUGCGACCAUAUCUCGUUUACAUUCUAAUCGUAACCGUGCACGCGGUGACUAUACUGCGCCAGACGAUACACCGUAUGCGAUUGGGACAGUCACCGAGAGCACCGUCACUCAUGUUUCCGAACAUCGUGCGUGCUGACGCAGACAAGGAUAUUCCGAGAAUGAUCAUGUAUCUUUUCAACUAUGGAUAUUACAAAUUUGGCGUCGAAAUAUCGCUCGUUGCAUUGGUCGUGGUGAUCGGAAAUCGAAUGGACAUACUGUCCAUGUUUUACGCUGUCUGGCUUGCAGUGAUGUUCCACAAGACCCGCGACGUUCUGCAGCGCGUUUGGAAAUGGUUAACAUGGUUUAUCAUCGUCAGCAUCCCCAUCCAGUACUUACUUUUUAUUGGAUUGCCACCUCUAGCCUGCGUAAACUAUCCGUGGUUUAUUCCACAGCUGGAUCACUUUCGUAUCUGGGCUAUGUUACCGGAAAAUACGGUCGAAUUUCGAAGUUUUGCCAGCAAAAUGGUGUCCGACUUUGUGUUGUUGAUGUUUUUAUGUCGGCAGACGGUUGUGUUCCAGUUGGAAAGGCAGCCUCCGAAGCACUUUGGCGGAGGCAGCAACCAAUCAGUGCUCGAGGAUUUCAAAAAGCUUGACGACGGCAGCUUCCAGAAUCCUACGCCAGAUUUCAUUACAAAAUUGCGCAACUGGUUGGAUGUGUUGAAACGGUUGCUGUUUUUAGUGUUUUUCUGGUUCACUUUGGCCGUCGUAUUUUUAACUGGCUCUAACCGAGUGAACCUCUUCUCGAUCGGUUACCUGAUAGGUGCAUUCUUCUUCUUGUGGCAAGGAACUGAUUUCUAUCUUCACUCGAUCGAGUAUAUUUUAAAGCGAUGGAAUUUUCUGAUAGGCUACAAUGUGUUUGUCGUCGGUGCCAAAGCGAUCUUGCAGCUAUUCGGUUGCCUUUUUCUGGACCAGUUAGUAAAUAACACCUGCUGGGUGAUGCAACUGUUCGGUAUGAACUGCUUGUCUUCCACGCUCCCACCGCCCCCUCCUGGUUCAGUAGAUCCCGGCGAUCAACAGUGCAACAUCCCAGAUCCAUACGAUGCCGGGCUUUUUUGGGACGGGAUGUGCUUUGCUUUUCUGUUGCUACAGCGGCGGUUGUUUUCCAGCCAUUAUUUCUGUCAUAUCAUUAAUGAAUCGAAAGCCAGUAAAUAUUUAGCCUCCAGGGGAGCUGAGCUUAUAGAAGAACUACGAAUCAAGGAAAGCACACAGGAAGCGGAACGUGAGCGACAGAUUCUGGAGAAAAUCAAAGCCAAGAUGGAUCGUAUCAAGGCGACGCAGCAAAAAAUUCUGGAAGCCGUGCAAGAUCACCCUAACCAUGCUAUAGGAUAUCAUACUCCCAUAGAGGACGAAUUAGCGGGCAAUUCGAUGUUUAUCGAAGGCGAAGGUCUUUCGGAAAUGCCCUCGGACAACGGUGGAUUAACGGUGGGAAGAGGAUCAUACCAAACGCAGGUACCAUCACCAAGUUCUGCUCUGAUGACCGUUUCGUUGGACGCAUAUUUAGAUCCACAGAGAAUGUCGUUCGAUUCUCCUAAUGAUUUGUUGGCCCGAGUUUGCAGUCCAGAUGAUACAUUCCCCGUGUUUUCGCCACCACCAUUCGAAAAGGAUCAAAGAGAUCCACUAAGCUCGGUGGCGCCCUGCGUGGCCCCGACCACAAACACUUUGAUGCCACCGACAAAGACAGCCCUGCAAUCUCGGCAACAUCGCCGCCAGUCCAGUUUGAAUGCGGUAUCCUGGCCUGCAAACCAUGAGUUGACUGUCAGUCCAAAAGCACAGCAUCGUACGGUUCCUACCAGCAACAUCUACAUGGCGAACGAAGAUGCAACUAAUGGUCGAGAAAACGAUCAGUCUCAGCAACCCUCGCAAUCACCUCGUUCACCUCGCUCCCCGCGUUCAGCCACAUUCGCACCGAAUCAACCUCGGCACCGACGUCUCUCGAGUAUGGGAUCCGGUUCCGUUGUGCCGGAUGAGCUAGUCGGAGGCGAUGCGAUUGGAGCACGUCGUCGGUCCAGUUUCCUGGUGUCGUUAUUCGUAGAUGAUGAUACUCGGUACGAUGAUGUAACGAAUACCGCGAAUGGCGGCCGUUUGACAUCGAGACGACGAUCACGAUCACGCAGUUUUUGGGGCCCAGUUGGUGAAGCUGGUUUGCGGGACUCGAUCAGGUCCGCUAGAUCACGCUCGCCAGUGUCGCACCACGAGUAUACUGUCGACCAUAGGUCGAGUUUGAAGCGCAAAAUAUCGGAACACAGACCAACGGCCAUUCGUUCGGGCGAUUAUUACAUGUUCGAGGAUGUGGAGCAGGAAUUUGAGCUGGACUUGAUGGAACCACUUGUAAACGACGAUGACGAUCUGGAUGAUCAAACACCAAAAGCUCGAAAAAUGAGUAAUCGACUUACAAUGGGAAAGUUACUAGCUGAAUUACGUAAGCGAAGGCACCAGGAAGUGUACGAACUAGCAUACGGUAAACGUAAUGACGACACUCAUGAAGUAGACCAAGCAUCAUCUAGCGCGUUGCCUGCCGAAGGAGCGGAUCAUCCCCCUUUAGAACGUCAUUUGUCGUCGCCGGUCGUUCUUCGAGGGCAAAGGCGCACGGGCGAUCAAGGCGCUAGUACGGCUGCUGACUCCGAUACCGACGAUUAUACCUUACCGGAACGGUUCGCUCUUUCUGAACCAAUACCAGGUCAUGCUCAUUCAGGACCACGUCUCCGUAAACCGGUGGCAUUGGAUGCUCCGGAUGCUCAGCAAGCAGGUCCUAGCCGGCAGCUCCACCCGCAGCAGUCGAUAACGGACGAAGAGGCUCGGUUACUCAGUGACGAAGAGGACGACGUUGAAGCUAAAAAGGAACCCGCGGUCGAGGAGAAGAAAAGCAAAUUUUCACUUUCCGCAUUAGCACUGAUACCGGCUUUUGUAGCGGGAGCUUUAGGUUCACUGACGCUGCGAUUACAUCGUGCAUCCCGCAACUAUCGCUACGUAAUGCGCGUACUGACUCGAGAGAAGCAGGUGCUCAAGGAAACUCCUGGCUUUGGAGUCGGUGUACGGGAUAAGGACGGUGUCUGGACGCACUGUGUUCCACGAUCGAGCAGUAGUUCUCCACCACAGCCCGAGACAUCGGCGCACCCUGCCUCGCAACGUACGGGCUCAAGUAGCAGUAGUCAGUUGUCCCGUUCUGGGUCAACCGCAUCCAUCAGUAGACAUGUACACAGUAGUUUCGCUAACAACAAUUCCGAUUACGACGCGGACCACGCCGAGGCGGAACAACCUGAUUCUGUCGUUCCAUCGUCACCAGCCGUAACGUUUUCGAUUUCCGUGGCCCAACCUGACACGUUCAGUGAGAGCGACCCCAAACCGAACACGAUCCGUGACGUACAGGAGUACUAUACCGAACGCCAGCUUGGGGACGAAGGACUGCAUACAGUAAGUGGACUCGGAGCGGCACUAGCGAUGAUCAGUCGUAAAGAUCCGCUUAGAGAUGAACAUGAAUCGUACUAUCACCGUAGGCGCAGUAAUAGUUUACUACCCGAGAUCCUCAUUUCGGCACCAUCAGCCGAACGCGGUCUGGACGAAGAUGGUAUCCGAGAUGGGAUACCGUACCGCUACUAUUCCAAUGAUACGCUGGACAGUAAAACGGAUGGCAGCACAACGGAUGCCAUCAGGCGUACGUUGGACGAGGUUAGCUCUGAAGAGGAUUUUACAUCACGAAAGCACUCCGUGCUCGUUGAGCUGUUUCAAGCGGCAUGGUAUGCCGUCAUGUCGCAUACCGACUUUAUUUGUUAUUUUGUAGUGUUCCUGAAUCAGGUUAACUCGGCUAGCUUACUUUCGCUGCCUCUGCCGUUGAUGGUGACACUCUGGGGCACGCUGACGUUCCCACGACCAGCUCAAACGUUUUGGACAAUGCUAAUCGCCUACACUCAGAUGGUUGUGCUGGUAAAAUGCAUUGGCCAGUUUGAGAUGUUCUGGUGGAACCAAACACCGAUCCCUUCAAACCAGCCGUUCCACGUGGCACGUUUGUUUGGAAUCGAGCGUAAAGACGGCUACGCUACGUACGAUCUCAUAUUGUUGUUGAUGCUGUACUGUCACCGGUUUAUCCUGAAAUCGCUCGGGCUGUGGAAAUCAGAUCCGACAGAAGAACCAUCACUCUCCGAGGGUCUCUACCAGGUGGAUACAAAUGACGAUCGUACUAAAGCGUUGGUGGCGUUGGCGGAAGAAAACGAAAAGAAGCGAGAGACGUUUGAAAUUCGUCCCCCCGAUGAGCUGACGGGACUGUCAAUGGUGAAAAUCAACGAGAAGGCUGGCACAAUUGUAGAAGAAAAUUCGGUUAUGUCCGGCGAUGCAAGCGUGCUUUGCGUGUCCAUUCAUCCGGAACCGAAGCGGAAAUACUUCGCCCAAGUAGUGAAACAGGCAUUCCUGAAAUACUCCUCGUCGUUGAAGGCGUUUUUCAGUCAACUACUCGAACAGGAGUCACGCAAAACGGCGGACGUGUAUGGAUACAUGUUCCUGUGCGAUUUCAUAAACUUUUUCGUAAUUUUGUUCGGAUUUUCGUCUUUCGGAACUCAAGACGGUGACGGUGGCGUUUUGUCGUAUUUCGAGGAAAACAGAGUACCGGUUACAUUCCUGCUGAUGCUCAUCAUUCAAUUCUUCCUCAUAGUAGUUGAUAGAGCGCUGUACCUGCGCAAGAAUAUUACCGGCAAGAUAUUGUUUCAGUUCUUCCUUAUCAUCGGUCUGCACGUGUGGAUGUUCUUCGUGCUGCCGGCAACUACAGAGCGCUCAUUCAACGCUACCACGCCUCCCGUCCUGUACUAUAUGAUAAAAUGUUUCUAUCUGUUGUUCUCCGCGUAUCAAAUCCGGUGCGGCUACCCGGCUCGCAUUUUGGGCAAUUUCCUGACGAAGGGUUUCACUAUGGCGAACUUUUCCGGCUUCAAGCUGUUCAUGACGGUUCCGUUCCUGUUCGAGCUGCGCACGUUGAUGGAUUGGAUCUGGACGGACACGUCUAUGACGUUGUUCGAUUGGCUCAAGAUGGAGGACAUCUUUUCCAACGUGUAUCAGCUGAAGUGCAUGAGACAGCUGGAAGAGGAUCUGCCGGCACCACGUGGCCAAAAGAAGGGCUCGGCAGUAAAGUAUCUAAUGGGCGGUGGAAUGAUGCUUGGAAUAAUCUUUCUGAUUUGGUUCCCGCUGGCGCUGUUUGCGUUCAGUAACGCGGUUGGACAACCGAACAUUCCGUACGAGGUGUCGGUUUCGUUACGUAUCGGACCCUACGAACCGGUGUACGCUAUGAGCGCACAAAACAACAGCAUCCACGGAUUAACUGAGAACAACUGGGCGAACUUUACCACACCAUUUAUGGAACGCGCGGCACAAACAUUCCUGUCGAAUUAUGAACCAGUCGACGUGGCAGCAGUAAAGCUUGGCAUAAGUUCGACGUCUAUAUGGAAUAUAUCACCUCCUGACCAGGUACGGUUGCGAGAUGAUUUAGUGAACAAUAGAACGCUAGCGUGCCGGUUCCGGUACACGAUCAGUCGUCGGUCAAACUCGAAGGAAAUCCCAGGCACGGUAUCGGAAGAACGAAUGUUCCAGCUCGGGGAACCUGCCCGUGAGGCGCUCAUAAACAUGCUGGAUGGAAAGGAGGGCGAACUUCCCUUGCUGCAGCAUAUGAUGCCAAAGUUUUUACGCGUCCAAAACAGUGGCUCAAUCCGGCCUGUUCAUCAGCUGGUGAAAACUGCAAACGAGGACGAUGCGGAUGAAAAUUAUCGCAACUUGCGAUUGAAGCAGCUGAGACAGGAGUCGAACGAUAUUAGCUGGUGGGAGGUGACCGAAGACUGCACCGAUUCGUUGUAUGAAAAAUAUUUCUCCCGAUUGCCGUAUGCGAACUGCUCCUCCUUUCUGGUGAUGUACAUGUUCAACGACAAGAUUUUCCCGAGUACCAUCAGCUCAAUUGCGGCCGGAGGCAUCAUCGGUAUCUACUCGACUAUGAUUUUGGUCUUUUCUCGGAUGCUUCGCACAAGCAUUUUUUCGGGCGCAAGCGCUAAAAUCAUGUUUGAAGACCUGCCCUACGUCGAUCGGGUGCUGCAACUCUGUCUGGAUAUCUAUUUGGUGCGCGAGUCGUACGAGUUUACGCUAGAGGAAGACCUGUUCGCGAAGCUACUGUUCCUCUACCGUUCUCCAGAAACGAUGGUGAAGUGGACGCGCCCGAAAAAUGAAGCUGGUGGUGACGAUGAAACAGACACGAUGGCUGAUGUACCCACGUCGCAUCCGAAGCAGGAGUAAACGAAUUUUGAGCGGCCAAUAUGCGACCAAACGCAACAUAAUCGAAUAAAAAGAAAGCUUUUUUUGGGGAACGGAAUCAGAAUUUUAGGGAAACGGAGGCCACGAGUGUAGAUAACCGAUCAACGGCAAUAGAGUUGUUUUGUUGUGGUGCAUUUUAUGGAUGUUGAUUAGGUUUUAAAGACGAAAUGGUGUUUGUUCAUAUCAAAGCAAUAAAACCCUAGCAAAAAAUCGUAUCGAAGGUGGCAUUUGAAGCGAGUUGUAGGACGACAAUCGAAAACGCCGCAUAGGGACUAAGUUAAAGCUAGACAAGCGCAUAUUUAUAUUACACCAUUGUGCCGAAUAGUGGGAGAUAAAGUGAAAGCUGGUUGAAGUUAAAACAUGAGUGAUUUAUAUUAUUUGUACAUAUGCAUAUAUCGAUACAUUUCACGCGAAUAUCAACGGAAGUGAAAUGUUACGGGCUGAGCGUGGUUAAACAACAGGUUAUUGUUAAGGAGUUCAAUUCGAAAGCUAGUCUAUCGUGUGCGUUGCGUCCUCCAUUAGGAAUUCGAAAAGUCAUGCAAACAUUUGUUAAAUUAUUCUCUUCACCCAACUUAAACACGAAUUUGCAGCAUCAGUCAUUGCGCUGCUUUCUUCGCUUCUUCCUCGAACAGUAUGCAAUACGGUACGGUACAAAGGACACCAUAGCGCACCCAUGUUUGUGACGUGUGAUAGGAUGCGUGAGGUUCAACGCGCCUCGUCAUACGCGUUUUUCUUCGAAAUUGUAACGUUAUGUUGUUUGGCUGUUGUCAUCGUUCGGUACAUCUAUCAUAUUUUUAUAGUGCGUAAUUCAAUCGUAAAUUGUAUAUUCGAAUAAAAAUAAAACAACGAACUUUCGAAGAAAAACAG